AUGAUCCACUACAUACAACACGUAGGCCAUCCACUACAUACAUACAUGUAUUUACCAGUUGGUGAGGGCCAUAUAUCAAUUGCCAAUUACCAUGGCAGCACCAGCAUAGGCAAUGAUCGGUCCCGUGCUGUUCCAAAUCCAGUAAUGAACCAGAGCAAGUCUCUCGGCGAAUUUCUCGCCAAGGGCCAAGGGUACCAGCUUACCUUACCGGUUACCUUAUCGCAAACAGCCUGUGCAGAAGAACAAUUAACGAAGGACCUCCUGAGCGUCAAUCAACGUCCCGAGAUAUCUAAAGACGCGGUUCGAGGCGAGGAAGCUCGAGAGGAGCUUUUCCAGGAAACCUAUUUGUACUCCUUCUACCUAGAAAUACCACUCGUUACCUCGCUGCCUCCGCGGCUGCUCUACAUCAUCGCCGCCUCCCUCCUGCUCAUAUGCCUCUUCAGUCUCUCGCACUUCGCAAAGUCCCAAUACCCCCCACUGCUCCCCCAAGUGCAGCAAACACCAAACCACCCCGACUACGGGCAGCCGCCGGAGGACCCCAAGGGCUGGAUCAAGCCCUCAUUGCGCCCCUUUGACCCCGCCACGGACGGUGACAACCUUUUCUACAAUUCGGAGGAAUGCGAUGCAAAGUUCCCCGGCCUCUUCACGGAGAUCGAUAUUGCGAAGGCGCGCGGCGAUAUCGGCGAGAUUCCGUUCCAUGAUGGCGACAAGGGAUACGUGAAGGCGAGGAUUUACCAGGGAAAGCUCUACAUUGUCGCGAAAGGCGACGAUGUCUGGCACCGCCAAUUCGCAAUCCUACAUCAGAUUCAUCGCUCCCUUCUUACCGCCCCUAACCCAUCCGAAAUCCCCAAUAUCGAGUUCCAAUUCCUCGUCAACGACCACCCGGCACCAAGCACGUGGUCGCUAGCAUGGAGCGGCAACGAGGGCGAGGUCCAAGACACAUGGAUCAUGCCCGACUACGGGUUCUGGUCCUGGCCCGAACCGCACAUUGGGUCGUACGCCGAGGCGAAGGAGAAGAUCGAGGGGGUUGACAAGCCGCUCAGCUGGGAGGACAAGGAGGGUCUUGCGGUAUGGCGAGGAACGGUGCAUUGGAAUGGAGAGCUGCGUGGAAAGCUGCUGGAGGUGGCGAAAGGGAAGCCGUGGAGUGAUGUGGCAGAGCUGGAUUGGAAAACGAAUGCGCUCAAGAUUGAGGAGUUUUGCAAAUACAAGUUCUUGAUCUAUACCGAGGGCGUAACCUACUCUGGCCGCCUCCGCUACUUCCAACACUGCCGCAGCAUCAUCAUCACCCCCCGUCUCGCCUGGCGCCAAUACCAGUCCUUCCUCCUGCAAUCCGAAGGGCCCGAUCAAAACUACGUCGAAGUCGCCCCCGACUGGUCCGACCUCGAGGAGAAGGUACAGUACUACCUAGAUCACCCCAUCGAGGCGGAGCGGAUCGCGAAUAACACGGUGCGGCUGUUCCGCGACUGGUACUUGACGCCCGCGGGUGAGGUGUGCUAUUGGAGGAAGCUGUUUCAGGGGUGGGCGAGUGCGGGAGGGGAAGUGGGCGAGUUGAAGCUGGAGGAGAGGGGCCGGAGUUGGGAGAGUUAUGUGUUGAUGGGGAAGCUGGAUUGGGAUGCGACUGCGUGA